UGAACGAUCUGGACUCGCGGGUUCUAAUGUCUUUACGUUCAGAAUCAGACCUUGUGGUAAGAUGAUGUAAAAUGAAGUAGAGCACGAGCAGAGCCGAGCACACCCGAGCAUGACGUCACGCGCCUCGCCAUUCGGGUUCGGCUGCCUGCGAAGGAAAGGGGAAAAAACAAGCAACAAGAAGGAAGAGCAAUGGCGACGCUGGUUCGCCAACCACUGAGUGUGGGUCCGUUCACCAGCAAACCGUGUCCUGUCUUCACCAACGAGACAGACUUCUACUCCCUGGACAGUAGGUGUACGCAGUCAUUGUGUUCGCCGUAACUGACACAUGCACGUGUACGGUCUGAUCUCAACCCGCAAGCACGUCUCUCGAGCCGAAUGCAACGUUUGCGAGCCAGUUGUUAAACUUGCAGGCUUCCCAAACCAUUACGGACCCGGGGAAGCAGUUGUACAGUGAGUAGAGAGGAUAUCCACCCCACCCCACCCCCACCCCAACGCCUUCAAAGCCAUGCACAGCAAGAACCAAAGGAGACACGGUUCUUCAAGUGGUUCACGGGCCCCUCUGGUUCCUCUGAAGGAUAAGAUGUCUCUGAGUCAGAGUGACCUUGAGGCUUUGCCGUUUCGUGUGCCUCGUGACUACCCACACUCUCGCUUCAACAAAGCCCCCCUCGCUGUUUACCCGCCAAAAGGAGCCCGAACAAAAGCCUGUGUUUCCUUACCCGUGGUGAGUCUGGAGAAGAUGCCUUGUUUCAGCCGCUCAGAGGGAGCGCAAAUCAAAGUCAGCUCUACUCCAUCCACAGUCGGGUCAUCUCUUCCUGUCCAAUCUUCAUCCUCUGCGUCUUUCUCACCAUCCUCCUCUUCCCUGAAGUCCACCCUUACAUCACCAGCAUCUUGCAGGAAUCAGGAAAAGCUUGUGAAUGGCCGGGGCACCAUAACACCACGUCCCACAACACCCCCGUUAUUGACUGACAGGCGGCUGAGCCCAUCACAGUCGUCUCCCUUGGACAAGCGGCUCACCGCGUCGCCGUCCUCACAAGACAGAAGACCUGCCACAUCUCCUUCACUGUCCUCAGCGGACAGGAGACCUGCUGUCUCACCGUCAGUAACGGAGCGAAAGCAUCUGAAUGGAGCAAAGAGCAGCAGUCACAGGAGAGUUUCAGGUAGAGUUUAUGAUCCAAAUAAACACUGCGGAGUCAUAGAUCCAGAGAGCAAGCGGCCUUGCACUCGUUCUCUUACAUGCAAGACCCACUCUUUGACACAUCGUCGUACAGUCCCAGGUCGGAAGAAGGACUUCAAUAUCCUUCUGGCUGAGCAUAAGGGCCGGGCAAAGGAGAAAGAUUCGGGGCAAAAGAAGGAUGGAAUGAGUAGCCAGGCAGCUCAGUCGACCCAGCCCCUCAGUCCUGCUCCCAGCACACCUUCAGUCUGUCACAAUGGCAAGAGCACUCCUACUCUCAAGCUGCGGCUGGCCAGCGCACACAUACAGAGAGGCUCUGGUAGUGGGGGUGCAGUAGUACUCAGUUCCACAACUCUUCCUGCCACUGACCAAAUACCCAACUAUCAGAGAUACAGCGGUGACGUUCAUGAGUCCAGCGACGAGGCGGAAGCUGAGUUUGCUGAGGAACUGGAGAAAACUUCAUGUCAUUACUCUUCUUACCACCCACGACCCAUUAGUUGGUGUGCCUUCAGCAGCCGGUUGUUGGGCCAGGGUCACUACGUGUUUGACAGACACUGGGACAGGGUGAGGCUUGCACUGCACUGCAUGGUGGAGAAGCAUGUCAACGCUCAGAUGUGGAGGAAAGUCCCUCUAGCGGCAGACAGCAUACCUAGCAUGUCUGAUUCAUCGUCUCUAAACAUGGCCCUUCUCCCUAGCCCCACUCCAACCGUUGACUCUAUUUCCACGGUGUCCUGCUCCACCCCUUACUCCCACAAUGGCACCAGAAUCUUCUGCCUACAGGAAUCCAAAGUGCAGCUGAAUAAAGCAGCCAAGUCAUUAAAAACCUCUGCAGAAGGGGCGUUGUUGAAAAAGCACAAGCCGCCUCCGGCUGCUGAGAAGAGGAACGGGAGUGGGUACGAACUCUCAGGCUCUGCGCACAUCAGCAACGGCACAGCAGCCCUGAGCAUGCGGUCCAAACCGAGCCAGCCAGGGGCGAGUCAUGGGCUGAGCAACACGGACAGAUACACCAGCAUCGAGCUAACCCUUCCACAGGCGCCAAAAGCCAAUCACGGGGCAGUUUUGUCCCAGAGCCUGCUGACGUGUGGAUCGACAGAGGGACGCAAACGCAAAACCCCGGGCUCUGAGCGAGCUAGCAAAGUGACCAAAAUAAUGGCGCACAAUGAAAUCUUUCAGAAAGGCAGCACUGCUUUGCUGUCGGCAGCAGCUGAGGCACCACACAGCGCCCUCUCCAGACUGUCCAAGGUACAUCAGUGACAACUGGCUGAGGUGGAACAAGUAAAGCAGCUUCGCAGCAGUGACCUUUAACCUCCCCUCUUAUCCACACAGUGGUGACCUUUAACCUGCCAUGGCCUGCAUGCAGCGCCACCACCCACCGUGGCCCCUGUGGAGCCCAUGGCACUGUGUGUGAGGGUGUGUGCCUGAGCACCCUGACUGUUCACUGACAAACCUCAUUUGUUUAGGUACUGCAACUAGUCAUCUACAUAACAGCAGUUUAAAGAAACGACCUGCCGUUUCGUUCCCGUCACAGAACACACGCGCACACGUCUCCGAAUCAGGGGGACAUUUCCUACGUCCUACAUCAACCCUUCAUCGCUCUGGCAGUACGGGAAGCAGGAGAUUAAAGACAAACGGUUGGACCUGAACACAUCAGUGUGCUAUAAGAGCGAGGCAGGAGCUUCAGACUUGACCGGAUCUAAAGUGCACUUAGUGUCCUUUCAUGCCUGGACUAUGUAACAGGCUGCUGAGGAGGAAAAAAACACACAGACACACAAACAUAGUGUUUCACCAAGGGAAUAUUUUAUAAAUGCUUUUUUUUGGCAAGCUGUAUUUUUCUAAAGAGGGUGAAUUCAGGUUUUUGAGGAAUUCAGGAGUUCUUCUGUCACAAGUGUUACUGAAGAAUACGACGUUCGUGACUCGAACCCAAGUUGGAAAGCAAACUAGCGUAGUGUUAAAUUUUGUAUAAUAAUUUAUCUUCCAUAUUAAUUCUCCUAACAUACUGUACAUGGCUUAUGGCGUCGCUCAAAGGUAUAUUUGUAUGUCAUUCUAAAGAAAUGUAAGUAUUAUUAUAUUAGACAUUUUACCGGUGAAAAUAUGAGUGCAGAACUGUUUUUUUUAAUAUAAUAUUUAUUAUUAGUGUCUUUCAGCGCUUAGAAGCCUCUGUCUUCCUUAUCAUCAGAUGGGUUAUAGAAGACAAAAAAAGCUAUUUUUUUUUCUUCUUUCUCAUGACUGACUUGUAUUAUAUUAAGAGCCACUCAAGCGAUUAUUCAAAUCGAGGAAAUUAUGUUUUUUGUGUGUGUGUGUGUGUGUGUGUGUGUGUGUGUGUGUUAUGUUGUUGUUUUUUUUGUUCUGUUUUUUUUUUCUUCUCUCUUUCUCCCUUUUCCUUCCAAAAUGCAGCCAUGAGACAGCAGGGAGGAGAAUUAGAGCCAAGCGAGUUUACCAUAACAUUUUAACAUCACGUUUAAAGUGAACUUCUUCCUAGCUGUGAACUAUGACCUUGUUGUACAUUUACACUCUGUGAGAUUUCUUCUUCUUCUUUUUUUCUUUUCUUUUUUUUUCCAGUACAUAAAGGAGUUUGAUUUGAUUGUUCUUUCGCCACGACAGAUUUCAUAUGUUUAAUAUGAUUUAUGUAUUUAGUCCAACACUUUCUAUAAUAAUAAUAAUAAUAAUAAUAAUAAUAAUAAUAAUAAUACUGGUUGUAGAUGAUCAGGAUAUUUUUUUGCAUCACCUUUAGUGUCACCAUGAAGCUUUGUUGUUUGUGUUUUUGUGUUAUUUUUCCCACUAAGUCACAGAAAUAUUCAAGAUGAUAUUAUUGCUUUUGUGAAGACAACAAUUUGUACCAAUCCCCCUUUUUUUUGCACUUUUCUCUUUGAACGGGAAUUAAAUAUGUUUCUAUUUAUAAAGGUAUAAUGAGGCAUAUUACUGUAUGUGGAAAAGGCAGAGAUGUGUGUACAGUUUUGUCAGUAACAGCCAACACUGUGUAAGGACAUGUGUAACUGUGUGCUCCCCAAUGCUAUGACACCUUCUGCCGUGCGGGUGACUAACUUGCUCUGUGUGACAUUAUUACCGUAUUUUGCCUUGCUGUUUUGAUGCAUUUGCUGCCGGUUGACUGUCUUCAGCUUAAUGAAUCCAGCUCUUGAGGAAGGGGUUUUUUGAGCUCUAACUUAAAGGAUGUCUGAUUUGAACUGUUACUGUUCCAUGACCUGCUGGAAUUGCCAUGUGUUUCCGGUAAGCAUGAUGUUCCUGCUUACAUUUACGGCAUUUAGUAAAUGCUCUUAUCCUGAGCCACUUACAUAUUAAGUGGCAAUUUAAUGGACCUUGGAUUCAGACUCACAAUCUUCUGGUCACUAGGUUGUGAGUUCACCACACCACUAAGCCACCACAUACUGCUUUCUGGAAUGUUGUCAUUACCAUCGUCAUUACCACCACCACAUUGUCAUCAUCAUCAUCACCACCACCAUUAACUACUUCUUCUUCUUCCUGGAGGGCUGAACAUUCCUUCUCUUGAAAACCCCCUAGUAUCAGGUCAUGCACUGGUCCUCGCACACCGCCUCAAAGCCGGGGACCUCACGGUUAGAUUUCCCUCUUAGUGAUUUGGACAACGUUUAUUCUCAGGAUUAAAAUAUGUGGAGGACAAACAACCUGACAUGUGCCACAGGAGUGGGCAGGAAAAUAUGUUCAAAUUCAUGUAGAGAGCUGCAUCAGUCACUGAGGUGCACAGUGGCAUCUAGUAGCAGCUUUUGAUUGAUAGAUUUUAUGGUUUAAAUGGCAUCUUACUAAAACAUGGUGAUUAAUUGUGGCAUUUCCACUGGCUAGAAAACUGGCUUAUGUUUUUUACUUUAAAGUCUCCACACUGUGCCAUGUCCUGGCUGCUGUUGUCUGUGUGAGGUCAGAGUUCCUGCAAACAUUUUACGCAACAGAAUGUAAUAUUAAUAAUGACCAGUUUUACAGAAAACACACACGUGCACACACACACACACACACACACACACACACACACACACACACACAGCUCUGGCAAAGCAGAAAAAAAGGAAUUGUCUGAAUGCUGUAGACUACAGUUAUGUUUAGUGUCUCUCUUCUCUUCCUCUCUACCUCUCAUUCUCUACUUCUCUUCCUUUAUACCUCUCUUUCUUUUUCUCUUACUCACUUUCUUUCUCUCUUUUCUCACUCUCAUUCUUUCUUUCUUUCUCACUCUCAUUCUUCCUCUCUAUCUUUCUCUCUAUCUCUCACUGCACUGGGGUGAGAUUCCCAAAUGCAUGCAGACCUAAAGCUGAUGAAGCCCCUAUGCCUAAUCACGUAUGGGUCCUGACCACUGUUUAAGGUGAUGUAAACAGCACUGCCGUUGCUUAUACAUCCAAGUCCAAAUACUUCUGCACAAUGUGUGCAUUUGACUAAAUGACUUAUUUCUGAAUGUCAAUAGGAAAGAAAGGCACUUUUUUAAAUAAAAAAAAAUCGGUGUCCUUUGACCUUUCUUACCCCGUGUUUUCAGUACAAUGACACAGGCCUAUUGUGUAUUUCUUCGGUUUGACAAUGUUUUACAUUUCAUAUGAUCCAUAAAUCACUUCUAGCUGC